AUGUCGACGCCGUGCGCGCGCGCGCGCGGCAUUGACGGCCGCGGACGCGCGCGAAGCGGACGCGAACGCGGACGCGCGCGGGUCGAGACGCGCGCCGUGGACGCGCGCGCGAGAGAGCGAGAACGCGCGCCGGGAUCGAUCGGUGGGAAGCGAUUACGAUUACGAUCUCGAUCGAUCGCCACCGCGGCGACGGCGAUGCGCGUGACGUUCGUCACCGGGAACGCGAAAAAGUUGGAGGAAGUGCGAGCGAUCUUAGGCGCCGGGUCGACGAUCGAGGUGACGAGCGCGAGUUUGGACCUGGUUGAGACGCAGGGGGAGCCGGAGGACGUCGCCCGGGCCAAGGCGCGCGACGCGGCGAGAGCGCUGGGCGGACCGGCGCUGGUCGAGGACACGUCGCUGUGCUUUAACGCCCUCGGGGGGUUGCCCGGGGUGUACGUGAAGUGGUAUCUGGAGAAGACGGGACACGAGGGUUUGAAUAACGCGCUACACGCGUACGAAGAUAAGUCGGCGUACGCGCAGUGCGUGUUCGCCUACGCCACGGGGCCCGAUGACGCGGAACCGAAGGUUUUUGUCGGGCGAACGCACGGGAGGAUCGUUCCCGCGCGCGGACCGAGGGAUUUCGGGUGGGAUCCCGUGUUCGAACCGGAUGGAUACGACGAGACGUACGCGGAGAUGGACAAGGCGACGAAGAACGCCAUCUCGCACAGGUUUCGCGCGUUAGAAAAGUUUAGGGCGUACGUGAACGAGCUGUAA